AUUCUCACUGAAGUUUUAUUGUCGAGUAAACCAUCCGGAAUCAAACAGGCUUUUUAGUACGAUGAGAAUUGUUUUAAUGUGUAACGAUUUAAUUUUAAUAUUAGCGGUUCUCCUGACGUUGAUUAGUUGUAUUGAUUUCGUGUUAGUUACCCCAAUCGUUGGUGGAUAUGCACCGAACAAUGGCGAUCAAUUCAAAUUUUCUGUGUCAUUGCUUUAUCGUAAUACGACCGAUGGCAAAAUUAAAUACAAACAUUUUUGCGGUGGCACCUAUUUAAGGGAUGGUUGGGUGCUUACCGCCGCUCAUUGUGUUGCCCCGAUAGUGAAAGAAAAUAUCGUGGCUGUUGUUGGUAAACGAAAUAUCAAAAACUACGAUGGUCCAUUCUACAACAUAUCGCAUAUACUAGCAAAGAACUACAACAAGGUAACAUAUUCCGAUGAUAUUGCACUCAUUAAAUUGGAUACUUCAUACUUGGGCAUACCGCGAGUACCGGAAAAUGUCGAUUUGCAGCGGGUACCAUUGGAAGUUUCGAGUGACUUAAACGAAUGUUACAUUUUCGGUUACGGCUCCGAGGAGUUCACUGGCGAAGCGACUCUAGAACUUCGUAUCGGAUUGAUCAAUUUAAUUUCUCAAGAAGAAUGCGAACGGGAUUUGGGCCAAUAUAUGGCUCCAGAACGAGGUUCCGGUAUGUUUUGCGCGAUUGGCAGAGGUUCGAGUGGACUAGUCGAUGCAUGUCAAGGUGAUUCAGGCGGAAGUUUUCUGUGCAAGAGCAAGAGCUAUUCAAAUAAAUACUACGUCGUUGGAAUCACAAGCUAUGGAGCUGGUUGUGGCAGUCCAAACAUGCCCGGUGUUUAUACGAAUGUUCAAAGUCAUAUUGAUUGGAUUGAUGAUAUCAUGUUGUCAUGAAUAAAAUUAGACUGGAGUUCAGAACACUCUGUUGUUUAGA